UAAAAUUCCAACUUCUUUUUCUGCCAUGAGAAUAAACAACGAUCAAUUUGUUUUCAUACUCAAUUAAUUAUGAAUUAUUAAAAAGUGUAUUGACAUUAAAAUAUUAAAACGUAUGUGUUAUAAAAAAGAAAUAAAUAAUAAAUAAUAUUUCAAUUGUCAACAUGCAAUUAUUCGUAUUACUACUUGUAUAUUAUUUAUAUCAAUGUUCAUGGGUAAUAAGUUUAUCAAUAAAUUCAUAUACGACGAAUAUCACUACGGAAUUACCAACAUACGACACUCUGGAAUCUGAGGAUUUGAAUAAAGAAACUAAAUAUUUGUUAAAUCCUAUUUAUCGUGAUCUUGAUCCUUCGAAUGACGUUGAACGUAUUGAUCUUCAGCAAUGGCCAGGAAGAUCCACUGUUCUUUUACAUCGUAAUGAUGUUCCAUCCACUACUAAUGUAAUACAGAAUAAAUUUGUCAACGUCAGUGUACCCUUGCAACGAAAUUCAACCAGGUAUGCUAUAAUAAUAUCAAUUAAGAUAAUAUAAUAGAUUUUUGACAAAAUACAACUUCUAAUACAACAAUUGAUUUUCAUUAACAGAUAUCCAAGAUUUAGUAUACCACUCUCAAUUGCAAUGAUAGACGAACUUUUUUGUGAUUUUGGUCCACUUCCAUCAUUGUCUUUGUGCGAGUGGCAAAAUGGUAGUGAUUCAUUAGACUGGAUGGCAGGAUCUGGUUUAGGAACUAAUUGGUUUGGUGGACCACCAUCGGAUUCUACUACUGGUACAAUGGAAGGAGGGUAUGCUUUUGUGGAGACAUCGCAAACACCAUCAAAAAGUGUAACAGGCAAAAGUUCUGGAGCUCGAUUACAUAGUCCUCAAUUAGGAAGUACUGGUGUAUCAGGAACUUGUAUAAUGUUCAAAUAUUCAUUUGAUGGUCUUAGUGUAGCAGGACUAAGAGUACUCUUGCAUAUGGGUUUUGAUGAAUACUCCAUUAGAAAGGAACCAGAAGAUGCAAUUACAUUUCAAAAUGUUACCGUACCACUUUGUAAACCUGCUAAAACGGAAAGCGAACGUGUCAUCUGGCAUGCUCAGUAUUAUGACCUUGAAAUAUGGCAACAAGCUCAAAUACUUUACACAUAUCCAGAUGUACAUUCGUUGAUCAUUGAAGGAGUACCUGUUGAUUCAACUGAUCCAUCUCGUCUCUAUCGAGGAUAUGUUGCGAUCGAUGAUAUCGAUCUUCAACCUGGAACUUCCUGUGUUGGAUUUUGUAACUUUGCAGGUGGAUUUUGCGAUUGGAACAACGAUGCUGAAGAUGAUUUUGAUUGGACAAUAAGUCGAGGUAGCACAAAUCCAGCGACUGGUCCAGCUAUGGACAGUUCCAGUGAUCGAGCUACGGCUGGUGGUUAUGCUUAUAUCGAUUCUAGAUUUCCACGUAGACCUGGUGAUACAGCAAGAUUAAUAAGUACCAGUUUUCCAGCUACCAAUCCAGAUGCUCCGACUUGCAUACAUUUUUGGUUUCAUAUGUUUGGUACAGGAAUUGGUAAUUUAAAACUUUACUUACGUCACUUUCGUGAUCUCGAUGCUGUGUUACAAGAAAUUUGGGGAUUGAGUGGGAACGCUGGUAACGCUUGGUACAUGUCUCAAAUAACUAUUGGUUCUUUGGAUGAUUAUCAAUUAAUUUUCGAAGCAUCUGUAGGAAAUACUGGUAUGGGUGAUAUCGCUAUAGAUGACAUUACGUUUACUCAUGGUGCUUGUCCUGUUUAUCCACAAGUAGCAGCAACAAUAUCAAGAGACUGUACUUUUGAAGUAGACGAAUGUGAUUGGAUCAAUACCAGAGAUCCAGAUCGUGUUGAAUGGGAAAGAGUUUCAACUCAAAUAUUGAGUCCUAGAAAUCAACGUAAACCAUACAGUAAUGGAAAUACUGGUACCAGACAUAAUGAAUUUUUCUUAACACUUGGUAAAUCUCGUAGUGGAUCUUUCGGUGGUGGUACUGCUCAACUCGUUAGUCGUGAAAUGAGUGGUUCUGAUAAUCCAUUGUGUAUUACAUUUUGGUAUAUCAUGUUCGAGUCCUUUAUUGAUUCCACUGGACCAAGCUUAGGUGUUCUUCGUUUAUACAUACAACCUAAUGAUGAAUCACCAGCAGAGCCCAGACCUAUCUGGCAAUUGUACAACGACCAAGGUCCUACCUGGAAUUAUGCACAAACAAAUAUUAAUGAAAAGAGAAACUUUAAUAUCUAUUUUGAAGGUGUAUGGGGUCCGAAUAGAGCAAAUGGUAUUAUUGGUAUCGAUGACAUAUCUUUUUACAUUGGAAACUGUACUGUAAGACCACCAGCUGCUACUGUCAGAAAUGAGGAUUGUAGUUUCGAAAAAGGAAUAUGUGGAUGGGAAAACAUUACUCUUUCAAAUAAUGAUCGGUCAGUUACUUGGCAACGAGCAUUUCUAACUCACCGGCCAGCUCAGCUCUUAGAUAAAACGUUUGGGACUACUGGCGAUUACAUAUUUUUUGAUAUAUAUACACCUGAUAAAAAAUCCACUGAGGUACAAUUACGUUCUCCAAUUAUCAACACACCUGCUGACGAAGAAUCCACUUGUUUCACAUUUUGGUUUGCUGCUUUUGGCGUUGAAGAGUCUACGAUGUUAGAAAUUAUUAGAACGACUGAUGUUGAAGAUGCAAAUGGUGGUGGUGGUGGUGGUAAUAAUGGUGAAAAUGGUAACGAUGAAAUAUUGUUAUGGUCAUUAACAGCAAAAGGAUUUAAUAAUCCAAGACCUGUAUGGAUGGCAGCUCAAGUAACAAUUGAUGGACGUUCACCAUAUCGUCUUAUUCUUAAGGGCAGUGCUAGUAAUGGUGGCUUUGCUAUUGAUGACAUUAAAUUUCAACCUCGUGUUUGUCCAAGUAAGAUUAUUUAAAUUUUAAUUUAUCAUAAUAUAAUAAUUACACUUUUAAUUUAAAUCUCAUUAAUUCUAUUUUUGAAAAUAUUUCAGCUCGACCAUCAGAAGCUCAACCCCAAUCCAACUCAAAUAAGAUGUAAUAAAUAAAUGAUAUUAAAAUGAUAUUCAUAAUAAAAAUCUUACAAUAAAAUAAAUA